AUCAGGAACAAAGGUGGAAACAUCUAGAAACCGACGCAUUUCAUCCAACGGUCUCCUUUUUUCUAAUUAUAAAUAAUAUUUUAACCAAAACCCUAAUCCAAAAAGAAAGGUAAUUUAGGGUUUUGGCUUCUCCUAUUUAUUUCUUCACCUCUGAGAUUUUUUGCUUCAAUGCUUGUUUUGUUGUUGAACUUCUGCUGAGGUAAUUAUGGGUAAGGGUCCAGGUCUUUACACUGACAUCGGCAAGAAAGCUAGAGAUCUUCUUUACAAGGAUUAUCAGACUGACCAAAAGUUCACUUUGACAACCAGCUCGCCAACUGGAGUGGUUAUUACCUCUGCUGCAACAAAAAAAGGCGAUAUCUUUCUGACUGAUGUUAACACUCAGAUAAAGAAUAGGAAUGUUACCACUGAUAUCAAAGUCGAAACUGGUGCCAAUCUCUUUACCACCAUAACGGUUGAUGAACCUGCACCUGGGCUGAAGGCAAUCUUUAACUUCAGAGUCCCUGAUCAGAGGUCUGGCAAGGUUGAACUCCAGUAUUUGCAUGACUAUGCUGGGAUAAGCACAAGCAUUGGAUUGACUGCAUACCCAAUAGUUAACUUCUCAGGUGUGGUUGGAUCUAAUGUUCUUGCACUCGGUACUGAUCUCUCAUUUGAUACAAAAACUGGGAAUUUCACUAAAUGCAAUGCUGGAUUGAGCUUCUCCAAUGCUGAUCUCAUUGCUUCAUUGGCUCUCAAUGGAAAGGGUGACUCCCUUAGUGCAUCCUACUAUCAUAUAGUGAAUCCCUUGACUAACACUGCUGUUGGUGCUGAGGUGACCCAUAGCUUCUCUAGCAAUGAGAACACCAUCACUGUUGGGACACAACAUGCAUUGGAUCCAUUGACCAUGGUUAAGGCACGGGUGAACAAUGCUGGAAAGGCAAGUGCUCUCAUCCAGCAUGAGUGGCGCCCAAAAUCCCUCAUUACCAUUUCCGGAGAGGUAGAUACCAAGUCCAUUGACAAGAGCGCCAAGGUUGGACUUGCCUUGGCACUCAAGCCUUGAGUUUUAUAGCUUAUUUUUGAAGACUAUGAUAGGCUUGAACUUUUGAAGGGUAGUCUGGUCACACUGACUUUAAUGGUGUUGCCGUCUACUCUUUAUGGCAGUGGGUUUUUUUCUUUGUAAAAAUAAAGUAGAGAAAAAAAAUUAGAGGUGGCAUAGUGGUUUAAACUAUGUGGUUACCUUUUUAAUCAUCCCUUGUUUAACUGAGGUGGAGUACCUUUUACUUGCAGAGGUCUGAUUUUCUGAUCUUGCUCCUGAUUUUGUUUAAACUAUUUUCUUUAAAUUUUUCAAUAAAAAAUAAGUAUUUUCCUGAAAUAAUUGGUUAAAUCAUGUUUUUAUAAAAUUGUUUUUGCACGAAAAUAAAACCUUGGAAGUGGAAGAUAGAGGGGGGGUAGAGUAGGUGGGUUGAAGAGUCUGUGCGAUUAUGAUAGUGACAUCGGACUUUGGACUAAUGGUAGGGUUGGAUGGUUUGAAGGGUGCUUCAGUGUGAACGUGAUACCGUACCAUAACAUACCACUAUCGUUAAUGAAGAUUUGCAUCAUGUGAUAUGAUUCCAAUAUGAAGUGGGACAACCAAUUCUAUUCUCCAGAAAAUGACCUCCCCCAUUUCUGCAAGAUUGAGUAUGUUGAAAAAUGGUGAUAUUCUUCCUUUUUUUUCUAUGUUAAACCCUUUCUUCUAGCCUUAUUUGUUUAAAGGAAUUCACAUGCAUUGAACCAAGUAUUUUUCCAUUUAGAUAUAAUUCAGAACAAGUUUUUCAUUUUA